GCUGGGUUCAAGAAGAGCUUCUUCUCGGAUAAUUCAACUGUUCACGCUUCCAGGUAUCAAGUGAUCAGAAUUCUUGGUUCUGGUGGAUUUGGCAAGGUUUAUAAAGUUCGUCGUUUACCGAACGAGAACGAUGACAAUUUUGUUCAAAUGACAAGGAAAGAGCCUGAGGAUAAGGAAGAUGACGUUUUUGCACUUAAAACUGAAAAUAUCCAGCCUGAAAAAAAGAGCCACAAUAGAUUGAAGACUGAGAUGAACAUAUUUCAAGAAUGUGCAAUGAGGCCGAAGGAAAGUCGACUGCAUUUCGUGGAGAUGGUAGAUAAAGGUCUUACAGAAAAUUUCAAGUUUAUUGUAAUGGAGCUUGUUGGUAAAAGUAUUGAUCGGUUACAAAAGAAGAUGCCAGAACGACGAUUCAGUUUCCGUACAAGUUUGAAACUCGCCUUGCAAACAGUCGAUAGCAUAGCAGACUUACAUGAUAUUGGAUACAUUCACAGAGAUAUAAAACCGCAGAAUUUCACGAUUGGUUUAAAAGAUAAAGCUGAUCUAAUCUUUCUAUUAGAUUUCGGUAUUGCUCGACGGUAUACUCUGCCUGGUACUAAAGUGAUCAGAAUACCAAGAGAAAAAGUAGCCUUUUUGGGUACUAUUCGGUAUGCGUCACGAAACUGUCACAAUUUUAAAGAACAGUGUCGAAGGGAUGAUUUAGAAUCAUGGAUUUAUAUGUUCGUUGAAUUUAACGACUAUAAACACGGUCUUCCGUGGGCAAAACUCAAAGAUAAGAAGGCCGUGUGCAGUGAAAAAGAAUCCUUCUUUGGCGGCUUUUACCCAAAAUCAGUGGAAUUAUAUCCAGAAGAGAUACAUCGAAUAAUCGAAUAUGUUAAUUCAUUGGCAUAUCCGGAUACGCCUGAUUAUGCCUUCAUAAAAAAAAUGCUUCGAGGAGCUGCUGUCAGGAGAAAUAUUCAUCUGGAAGGUAAAUUUAAUUGGCCGGAUGAGAUAGUUAAGGUGAGAAUCUUAAUAGUUUUGGGGAGUGAUUUGCUGUUACUGAAGAAGAAUCGAAAGCUGCUGGGAAUUUUCCCUCGUGUUCGCAUUAGGAUCGGUCGCAAUUGGACAAUUGAUCGUAAACUUGGUGCUGGUGCGUUUGGAGCUGUGUACAGGUGCAUGAAUGAAAAAGGAGAAUUGUACGCAUUAAAGGAUCUUCGCCUUACGGCUCCAUUGCGAAAGUUUAGUCUAGGAACAGCGAUCGGAACAGGCAUUCAGUGUUUAGAGGCGCUUGAAGAUUUACACUCCAUUGGUUACUUGCACCGAGACGUUAAACCAGGAAACUACACAAUUGGACGCGCUGAACUUAAUGAACUCAGAAAGAUAUACGUACUGGACUUUGGGAUGUGUCGAAAAUUUAUUCACGAUGACGGAACAAUUAAAAAACCCAGAGCAGCUGCGAAUUUCAGAGGUACUGUAAAGUAUGCAUCAAUAGCAUGUCAUAUGGAACGAGAAUUGUGCCGGUUAGACGAUUGUGAAACGUGGCUUUACAUGAUUGUCGAACUCACGAAGGGAAGUCUUCCAUGGAGAAAUCUUAGAAGUAUGGAAGAGAUAGGUAGAUUCAAAAAGAGCUGUCGUUCCGAUAUUUCAAUGAGACAGUUAUUUGGUGGAUGUCCACGUGAAUAUAUUGAUAUUAUGCGACUUAUUGACGGUGGCAAGUUCUUCGAUGAGCCGAAAUAUGCUCAAAUAUAUUCGAUUCUACGUAAAGCGCUCCUCAACUUGGGUGUGCAGGAGUUUCCUUAUGACUGGGAGGAAGAAGAGGAACGCAAAUUGGAAGAGAGUAGAUGCAUGGACAGAGAUGAGAUGCAAGUGAAGGAGAAGAAGGAGGAACAUGAAAGGAAAGAGAGGAAGGACAAAGAGGAAGAAGAGGAAGGAGGAAGAUUCUGA